AUGUCCUCAAGCAACGACCCAGAAAUCGCGGAGCUCAUCGCGUUCUUCGAGAGCGUUUUUAUAAACACAUGUCUCCCCAUCGGAGUUUUAGCUUUCCUCACAUAUGAAAUCCUCAUCACGUUCGACCGCGAGGUCGCCCUCGUCUGGCGGCGGAAGUUCACCGGGGCCUCUGUUCUGUUCUUCCUCAACCGAUACUUGCCCAUCUUGGUCAAUGUCCUCAACAUCGCUAGCUCUGUGCGAAUGACGGAUGCGAGCUGCGACGGUUACGUCAAAGCAUUGCAGACCAUUCAGCUGCUGCAGUACUUUCCCUGGGCCGCAUUUUCCGCGCUCCGUACUUACGCCCUCAGCGGGAGGAAUUGGGAAAUCGCCGCAGUCGUCCUUCUACUCUCGAUGGUUCCAAUCGGCAUAAACUUCUCGCAGUAUCACUGGCUCGUCGUAAUCAACGACCCGACAAUAGGAUGCUCUAAGAACAGCACUGUCACGCUUGAGAUGGCUAAAAGAUGUACGCUUCUUCUCACGACGUACUGCUAUAUCGGCUCAUCCGCUAUGAACAGUGACGAUAGCUUCGCGGACUUGCCUGAUGGCAGCGGACGUGAUCGUACUCCUGUCCUGAAGGACAGGCCAUCCUUUACACGAAUGUUACUACGAGAUGGCACAGUAUACUUCACGAUCUUGCUCAUAAUGAACACGCUCCACUUGACGUUUACUAUGCUCUCCAUCACCAACGACUCGCUCUCACAAGUGAGCUACUUCACAACAUUUACCGAACCUUUCACCGCCGUCCUUGUCUCGCGCUUCUUGCUCGACCUUCAAGAAGUCAAUCAAUACGACCCAAAUUCCUCGACUUCCACCGGUCACACUCAAGGCACUAACCUCGACAUUGCAUGGGUCGUUGGAUCCAUGGGGUCCACCCUGGAACCCAACCACGACGCGGGAUAUGCCUCGUCCGCCUACGAAACGGAACUAGGCUCGGACGGCCGCGAUGGACUAACCUGGGAUGACAACGAACUGCGGAUACUGGGGGCGGCGACGAAUGAGUGCGUGUUGAAGGGAGGCUCGGCGUCGGAUCUGGUCCAUGAUGAUCGAACGUCCUCAUUGGCACUGGCGGUCUGA